GAGAAUGAUAAAGUUGAAGAGGUUUUGCAGGAGCAACUCCAAGCUCAAUAGUAAUGGAGGUGGUGGCAGAGGCUGUGGAGGAGGUGAUGGUGGUGGUGAUGGUGGUGGGGAGAUCAAGUGGGAGGUCAGACCAGGAGGGCUUCUUGUCCAAAAGAGAGACAAUGGAAAAAAUUUAGGGGAAGAGAUGAUCACAAUCAAAGUCUCUACAGUAACAAAGUUUCAUGAUAUCUCCAUUGAACCCACUUCUACUUUUGGAGAAUUAAAGAUGAUAUUGAAGGUGGUGACUGGUUUAGAGGCAAGAGAACAGAGGGUUUUAUACAGAGGAAAGGAAAGAGAAGAUGAGGAAUUCUUACAUAUGGUUGGGGUGAGAGAUAUGGACAAGGUCUUGUUGUUAGAGGACCCAGCCAUCAAGGAGAGGAAACUACCCUUGCCUUACCAUCAUCAGCAAUAUAGAGUAUAG